AUGCAACAGCAAAGAGAAAAUAUCAAAGCUAGGAGAGCUGGUAUUCCGCCAGUUCCACCUUCGAUUGAUCUCGCUGCUACUGAGCAGUCAUUUUUGGAGUCAAGUUCUAGGGAGUGUGCGAAGUUGCCAAGUAGUCAGUUCGCUUACGCAGUUCCGGAGCCAAAGUUUUCCGACAUUUCAUCGAUACAACCGAGUGAUGCCACAUUCCCUUCGAAAACGCCAUGCAAGAGGUCAAAAAACGUUGUGUGCUCCACACCAUUACGUUAUAUCUCUCCAGCAAUGGGAGUUCCUGCCGCUAUUGUGAAGUCUGCUGAUAGCAGUGUUUCUAUUUCAAAAGGAGGUUACCAGCCCGCAGCAGCAGUUAGCAGUAUGAUUAAAGAGGUGGUUGUUUUUCUUACGUUCUUUUCCGCUUUUCCAUAA